CCAGAUUCAGCUUCCAUCCUCUCUCCUCUCUCUCUCUCUCUCUCUCUCUCUCUCUCUCUAUAGAACGUCUCUGCCUUUUUUCUUCGUAAAUUGCAGAUCAUCUUUGGUGUUUGUGCAUCUCGAUUUCCAUCGCUUUCGAUCCCUAUAUAUUUGGCAAAAAAAAAAAUACAUAUAUGUAGUCACAGUUUAUAUUGUUACUGUUUGAUCCGUGCCUUUUGUUUUGUUUUGUUUUGAUCUUGUUGAUCAAUUCUUAAUUUCUCUCAUGGAGUUUGGGAGAUUUGUUUGGCUUCAAAUCUUGUUGGUGUUCUUUUGCUUGUGUUUUUCAUCCAUAGAAGGAUACAAAUUCUAUGUUGGUGGGAAAGAUGGGUGGGUUGUGAACCCUUCUCAGAGCUACAGCCUCUGGGCUGAGAAAAACAGGUUCAAUAUCAAUGACACUCUACAUUUCAAAUACAAGAAAGGGUCAGACUCGGUGCUCGUCGUGAACAAAGACGACUACUUCAGCUGCAACACCCAAAACCCUAUUCAGAAACUCGACGGUGGCGACUCCGACUUCACCGUCGAUAGGUCUGGGCCUUUCUACUUUAUCAGUGGCCAAAAUGGUAAUUGUCAAAAGGGUCAGAAGCUUCUUGUUAUUGUCUUGGCCCCGAGGCAGCCCAAGCCACCAGUCCUCCCUCCUCCUCCUACUAGCCCUACCGCUCCUGGCCCUGGCCCUACCACUCCUACUAGCCCUACCGCUCCUCAGAAGCCCUACCACCCUCCUGCGGCGUCCCCACCACAAGGGCCCGGGCUACCCCCAGCUGGGGGCCCGGUCUCUCCAUCUCCAUCACCAGUGAUUACAACUCCUCCAUCUGCUUCACCAGGGCCAGGGUCAUCACAACCGUCGCCGUCGCCGUCAACUUCUAUGGUGCCAUCUCCGGCGUCAGGCUAUACUCCAACUACUUCUCCACCCGCACCGCCUCCGGAGGGGCUCGCACCUACUCCUUCUGGCGUGCCUGGGGGGCCCAUACUUGCUCCAUCUGGCGGGCCUGCGGGCCCCACACAGUCGGGAACUGUUACUUCUCCACCCGCACCGCCUCCGGAGGGGCUCGCACCUACACAUGCUCCAUCCGGCCAACCUGCGGGUGCUACACCUGCUCCAUCCGGCCAGCCUGCGGGCCCCACAUCGCCGGGAACUGCUUCUCCGCCACCAGGGUCCCAGGAGUCGACGGCCCCGUCAAAUAAUGGAGCGUUACAUGGAGUAGCGGCUCCUUCGAUUGUGUUGGUGUCUUUGGCUGUUGUUCUGGUUAGUGUGGCGCUCUCAUGAAGUGGAUUUGUGCAGGGUUGAAAUUAUGGGGGAAUAAAUAAAUAAAGUUAGUGUGAGGGGUUUAUUUAAUUUGGUGAUUUAUUGGGGGUUGUUUUGUUAAUUAGUUAAUUUUAUAUCAUUUUUCAUUUUAUACCUUAGAACUCGAUAGAGAAUUUGUUUCGAUCGGGUUAAUUCGUAUUUAUUCUAGUUUAAUAAUAUGAUUUAUCAUAGAAUUAUCGCUAUGAUUUUGGUUU